AUGGCGGAGACCUCUCUCAUCCAGACAAUUCCGAAAAAAUAUGAUGCUUUUCCUACACUUCGAAGCAUGAUGGCUGAUAUCUUGAAGCCAGCUCUUUGCUUCGAUGUACUUUCUAGUACUUCAUGGACCGUAAUGCUUUGUCAACGGCAGGCUCUUGAGGAUCUGGGAUUAAACGGCACGCAGUACAACACCUGCGUCAGGUCCCUCCUCGGUCACUGUUUCCAAUUCACUCGCCAUUGUCGGGCUGACAGUAACCUGGACAAUGUGUAUACACUGUAUACACUCCCUACCUAUGUGUUUGCGAGCGCCAUGUACGCUAAUAUUGGGCUUUCUGCCGGCGUGGUGAUUUUAGCGUGGGUAAUGCGGCCCAUUCUCAUGAGGGAAAACAAGAAGCUGCGGGAGUAA